CUGGGACGCCAGACGCCACUGCCGAGUGACAGAGUGAGAGAGCAGAUCGCCGUCGCGGCGUUGGCGAACGCGCAAAUCAAUGUGAAUGUGACUCACGCACACACACACAUCCGCGCGCGUUUUCUCUCGGCCUCUUUUGCUGCGGCUGCACGCGAUUCGGCUGUUUCGCGAAUACUAUCCCGCUAAUUGGAGUGUACUGACCUCAGGCUACAUUUUGCGGCGCUUCCUAGUUUGGUCACGAUAUUUGCAUACUGUGUGCUACUGUGUUAAAGUGAUUGAAAUAAUAGUGCGCGAUGUGCAGUGAGGGCGGUCGCCUGAGACAGUCACGUUGGCGACGCAGAGAUAGUGGAGGUUACGAGGAGUGAGAGAUGAGUGGUGAGUGUUGGUGUGUGAAUGUUUAGACGGGUGGUGUGAGGACGACGACAGCGGCGUCUUCUGCUGGAAUGAGUCAUCCUCGGACGCCGACUGCUCCCCUCCCCCUCCACCAGUUCGACUCCGACGUUGCGGAACAUGGCCGAGAACAAGGUCUCUCAAUGCACCUAGUCCCAUUCAGCAGUUUGGCCCCUGUGGGCGUAUAAUGAAAAAUUCUGCAAUGGUCAUGACAAUUCAAGACCCCGCAAGCCAAAGGCUGACAUGGUACAAGCCUCCACUCACAGUGCUGGUCAUCAAAAAGGUGCGAGAUGUGUCCGUUCUGUCGCCGUUCGUCCAACUGGUGCGAUGGUUGAUAGAGGAGAAGCGUAUGGUGGUGUUUGUAGAGCAGUCUGUAAUGGACGACUCUCUUCUCCUGACCAAUUCCGAGUUCACUGGAGUCAAAGAUAAACUCAUGACCUUCCGAGAUGGCAAAGAUGAUUUAACUGAUAAAAUCGAUUUCAUAAUUUGCCUCGGAGGAGAUGGUACACUACUCUACGCAAGUCUGUUAUUCCAGCAAUCCGUGCCACCCGUCAUGGCGUUCCACCUGGGCUCAUUGGGUUUCCUAACACCCUUCGAGUUCGAGAACUUUCAAGAGCAAGUUACAAAUGUACUUGAAGGCCACGCAGCACUGACACUACGCAGCAGGCUCCGAUGCAUCAUCAUGAGGAAGAACGAGGAAGUAACGAAAAACACGAAGCCAACGAAUCUGCUCGUUCUGAACGAAGUGGUCAUCGAUAGGGGGCCCUCGCCCUACCUCUCCAACAUCGAUCUCUAUCUGGAUGGAAAGCACAUCACAUCUGUACAAGGAGAUGGUUUGAUAGUGUCGACGCCGACAGGGAGCACAGCAUAUGCGGUGGCAGCCGGUGCGUCGAUGAUCCACCCGAGUGUGCCAGCCAUCAUGGUCACGCCCAUCUGUCCGCACUCGCUCUCCUUCAGGCCCAUCGUGGUGCCGGCUGGCGUCGAGCUCAAAGUUAUGUUGAACUCGGAUGCCCGUCAAACCGCUUGGGUCUCCUUUGAUGGGCGCAACCAGCAAGAACUGCGAGUAGGCGAUAGUUUGAGAGUGACGACAUCGAUCUACCCGGUGCCGUCAAUCUGCUCGCAGGACCAGAUCUCCGACUGGUUCGACUCGCUGGCCGAGUGUCUGCACUGGAACGUGAGGAAGCGACAGAAGCACCUCGACGAGUUGAGCGACCUCACGCAUUCCAGCUCCAACGACACGCUCGACUCGCUCGAGCACACUGAACAACUCGACAGCUAGGGAUCAGUGAAACGUAGAGGCUGGAAGAUGACAUGAAAUGUCAGUUGGGAGAAAGUAUUGGAGAGAAAUUCGUUCGUUAGUGCCAGAGAUGCAGAAAAAUCGAUUGCACCGUUACGCUCUCUCAACUGUUCCAGCUCUGUCCAGGUCCACGCCACCUCUUUGCACAUCCACAACUAACAUGUGCUCACAACUCUCCACAAACUAGACAUAAUUCUACGCAUGUGAUAAUUUCUAAUUUAGUUAAGUUACAGUUUUACAAUUUAUAUAAUUUUAUGUUCUAAUAAGUGCAAGUUCAUCCUCCUCUUCGGAGUAAUUCAUCCUUGAUCAAGUGGGUUCAAUUUCAAUCUCUUGUCUAUCCCUUAGGAGUUGAGUUUAAUUUAUGUUUUCUCAAAAUAUCUAAUAUUGCUCAGAUAUUGUUUUCAAAUCUAAUAAAAUAUCUCUAAUUUCUUUAUUAUUAUAUAGAAAAAUUAAAUCCAUAAUAUGCUCACUUGAACUACAAACUUCUUGGAAGUAAAUUUUCAAUUCUACCACAUUAAAUUGAAAAGUAUACUUUGAAUUCACUUUACAAUUAAUUGUUGUUUUUUAUAUUAUUUAUUUGAGCCAUAAUGGUUCACGAAACAUCAAUGUUGUAUAAUUUCUUCUGUUCAAUCGAGGGAAACCCCUGCUAGUUUAAAUAUUUGUGUAACAUAAUUUUGAAUUCUCUGAUUAUGUUUUUACACACUUUUAGGAUCUUAACUACAGUAUAAACUUUUACUGAUGUAUCUCAUGUAAUUGACCAACACUCGUAAGCUAAAUUAUCUCCUUAUGAAACUGCCAGAAUGACAAGGAAUAUUUUACAAUGUACUUAGAAGAAGUAAGUAAUUAUAUUCUUAAGGUGUUAUUCAUAUUAAUACAAUGCACACAUCUAUUAAUGUGUAUAGUUCGAAAAUCCUAGAUUAGAUUCAUUGUUAUGAGUGUAAAAAUAAUAGUUAUUUAAUAACUCCAUUUAACUCAUUAAAAUCCCCAACUGUUACUAGAAUUCCUAUGAAUAUAAACAAAUUUGAUCAUAUUUUCAUGAUUUAUCAUUCCUUCAUAUUGUACUAUUUUAUGGUGGUUUGAUAGCAUAAAUGUACAUAUACUCUAUAAAGUUGAAUAAUACGAUUUUAUUGGAAAUAAUAAUUAUUAAAUUGAAAAUGGAAUCCUUUUUAAAGAGUUGAUUUUUCACUUUGAUUGCAAUUUUUGUUUCAUUAUUACGUAUGGCAGGGAGACAUGCGAAUGCGAAUAAUUUAUUUCAAAAAAAGUAAACUCAUAUUUUAGAUUCUUCUUUUUACAGUAUUAUUGUUUAAUGAAUUUACACAUCGAUUGGAAAUGUUAUCAUUGUUUACAAACCACAGGGUUGAUAUAUUAUUCUGUUGUUAAUGUUGAUGUAUUUUGUUUAUUAAAAAACGUCUACUUGCCUUUUCCAUGAAAAUUUAAUUUUUAUGUAAGGGCUAUGAAAUAGCUUCAUCAAUACCCAUUCUUUGUGAUUAUGUAGCUUUUGUAAAUAAAUGAUGAAUUAUAUAUAAAUAAUAUAAGUAUAACAGGCUAGCGCAAUUUUUUUGAUUUAUAAAUGUUUUACAGAAUACUCUAAAGAGGAAAAUAAAUGGGAAGGUUUUGCUGAAGAUUGAUGUUCAUGGGAGAACUAUCACAGCUUUAUUAUUUUAUUGAAGUAUCAUUUUUUAUUAGAUCCUAUCAUAAUAGGUUCACAAACAAUAAAGUUUUAUGAAUAUGUAAUGAGAUUUUUAUGCUAUUUUUUGUAUAUUGUUGAAAGGUUGAUAAUAAAAUACUUUAUAAAUCUA